CGGGUCACUCCUUUGCCUUACAUCGCACGGCAGCCCCGCUACCCUAGUGUCUCACUGAUAGUUGUACUGAUUGAUGCCAGUGGGAACCCUGUGUAACUGAUCCCUUGACGCGUCCUCUGAGAUACGCCCGCAGAGCCCUGGCUGAUGACGUCGUGAUCCAAAACAGACCACGUCUUCCUCAACUCGCGAUGUCAACGUGUGUUCUGUGGCUUGUGGUUAUAUUAUGUAGUGUGACGUACGACGUCGAGGCCAGUUCCCUCAGUGUGGAGCAGAUUCAAAAGUUGGAGGAGUUGAUACGGAACGUUGUACAAUGUCGUAACGUCCCGGGGAUGGCGGUAGCGCUGGUCCGUCGUAACGAGACCGUUUACACUGGUGGCUUUGGUAUCCGCGAGACCAACUCAAGCGAUGCUGUCACUGACAAAACGUUGUUCAAUCUAGCGUCGCAGUCGAAGGCGUUCACCAGCACUGUGGCAGCUGACGCCGUUGCAAGAGGGAAGAUCACGUGGGACGCGCCACUCAGAGAGGUUCUGGGCCCUAACUUCCGGCUGCAGGAUGAGUUCCGGUCUGAGGAGGCGUCCCUACGUGACCUGCUGUCACACCGCCUCGGGAUGCCGUCUUACUGGGGCAUCACUACGUCAGUCAUGAACCUUACAAGACUGCAGAUUCUGGAACGUCUAAAAGACUUUCCAGUCCUGUACGACUUCCGGGACCGCUACCUCUACAGCAACUACCUGUACGUGGCGGCGGCAGCGGUGGUCGAGACGGCAUCGUGCGAGACGUGGGAAGACGCCGUCCAAAACAGAAUAUUCAAACCUCUUGGAAUGACGGCGAGCCGUCUCAGCACGCGUUUGACGGACGGCGACUGGGACAACAUCGCCUACUCCGCCGACAUCGUCCAACACAACAAGGUGGAGCAGUUCGACGAGCCGGCGCUGCUACCGAUCGUCCAGGAGCUGGCUCCAGCUGCCGGCGUCUACAGUAACGCCCAGGAUAUGGCGAAGUGGCUGCGCUUCCAUCUCAACUCGGGGAAGAGCGAGCAAGGCCACCAGGUGGUUGAUGCGGAUGCUAUGCGGGACACCUACCACCCGAACACCGCCGAAUACAGCCCUGACCUGACCCGGGACAUCUUCCCCGUGGACGACCUCAUCUACUCCUACGCCAUGGGCUGGAGGAACGGCGUGUACAGAGGCUACAGGAAGAACCUCCAUAUGGCCGCCUACAACGGCUACCAGGGAACCCUGACGUUCCUGCCUGACGUCGGCGUCGGUGUUUGGGCGCACCUCUCCGGCGCUGCCAACAACAGGGGCUACGACGCCAGAAACACCGUCACCAUGUACAGUCUGGACCUGUUGCUUGGCAACGAGAUCUGGUUGAACUCCAGCACGGCUUGUUCCUUCCCCGCGCCGUGGUAUCAGGAUGAUGCCGCACCACCGGCCCCUACCGUCCCGGAAUAUGCACGUCCUAGCGUCUUCAUCAAUACCACCGAGUACAUCGGCAAAUACUACCACCCAGCGUUCGGAACGCUGGAGAUCUUCGACGACGACAACGAUGACCAUUUGCUUGGCUACAGGUACGGGGAACUCAUGGUCGGAUACUUGAAAGCCAAGGGAGGUAACCGCGAGGACUUUAUCCAGUUUAUGACAGGACCGCUUGGUAUUAUUCACGUCUACGAUGACCCUGACGGUUUUAACGUCAAUUUUAACCGAGAUGAUUCCGGCGCUGUUGAGAGCGUACAGUUCCACUAUUUCGAGUUUUCUAAACCACCGGUGUUCACAAUCGUGGAAGUGAAGCCAGGAAACAACACCGUGGUGUCCGCCUGUGCUGCGCCGUCAUCGCAUCCACCAUCAACUGCAGGGCCCACUUCCGGGUUGUCUCACUUCCGGUCGAGUAAGGGGAUGGUUUCGUUUUUCUAUGUUAAUUUUUUACUCUGUUUAAAAUUAGUUGUUUGAUAUAAACAAUAAUUCUAAAUAUAUCAUGAUUACAGAUUAUUCUGCGCUUAAUUGUGACUCUUUAUAACACAUAAACAGCCUCUGGCGCAUAUGUUGAAACAUGAAGAAAUUUUCUGCAUGUUCCUUCUAUGACCAUUAUGUCUACUUACAUGUAAACAAUACACAAUACGAGUCCUGCCUAUAUUCUCAGCUAAGAACAUUUUCUUUGCCGCUUAUAUGUUUAUGUAUAUUUUCUCUUUGAAUAUUCUUUCUUUCAGGCAUUUGAUUUGAUUGCUUUUAUUAAUCGAAUUUGAUCAUUAUUGUCAUUAAAUCAUUUUUCAUCAAUGUUUUCUCAGACAAAGUAUUCAUAUAAUCAUAUUCAUAACGUCAUUUAUUGUAUUCAAUUUAAUUAAGUGUAUUUCACAUACAUUCAUAUUUGCCUUUCUUUCUUACAUUCAUAUAUUGAUAAUUAUUCAUUUCAGUCCCAUGUAAUCGGUAAUCCUUUCAUUUAUGCAUAAACAUACUUUAAGAUUAUAUUUCAUUGCCUUUGCAAUAAACAAUUCUUUA